UACCUGUCGAUCACCUACGCUCGCGUAUUCGUUUUUUGACCUUGAGUUCAGCUGAUUAACAUGCGCGCACGCAUCGGCCCGGACUCGCGGGAAUCCGAUGGUUAUCAGUCUAUACCGCGUUCAGCGAUGCGUUUGCGCGUAAACAACGGUAACGCGUAGCACACUCGAACACGACGACGGUAUCAUAAUAAUAUCGACUUAUAUAUAUAUAUAUGUAUAUAUUUGUUCGUCCGCGUACGUGUCAACCAGCGCAUUUCGAUCAUGUUACCGGCCGGCGUGUUGACGGCGAGACGCGCCGUAGUCGCGGCGGCCAGACCGCGUUGGGCCGUCUCGGCCGGCAUCCGUCACCGGUCUGGCGACAACCGGAAAUGCGCUACGGCUACGUGCCGUCUGCCGGAACCGAAACGGCGGUCUUACGUGGGUUGCGGCCGUAGGGCCACCGACUUUCCAGCGGCCGCCGGUUACUGUACGGCGCGAGCCGGCAAAAAGACCGUACCGUUCGUGUUGGCCGACAUCGGCGAGGGCAUCAGCGAGGUGACCGUCAAAGAGUGGUACGUGAACGUGGGCGACGUGGUCUCGGAAUUCGACGACGUGUGCGAGGUGGAGAGCGACAAGGCGACCGUGACCAUAACCAGCCGGUACGCCGGUACCGUGACCAAGGUACACCACGAGACGGGCGCUACGGCCCGGGUGGGCAGCGCCCUGGUGGACAUCGAGGUGGCCGAAGAAGGCCACACGGCCGAGGAACCGGCGGUGGCGGUGGCGGCGGCGGCGGCGAGCGCGCCGGAAGUGUUGGCCGAUGACGCGGAUCGAGUAGUCGCCGGGUCGUCCGGCGAACCCGCGGGCUUGGACUCCUCCGACGCGAGCGUCGCUUCGAAGGUGCUCACCACGCCCGCGGUGCGCAGGAUCGCCGCGGAAAAGGGCAUCGAUCUGACGACGGUCCGCGGUACCGGCAAACAAGGUCGGGUGCUCAAGGAGGACUUGUUAGGGUUCGAAGACCAUUUGUUGUCUUCGUCCGUGCCCACCCCCUCCGCCCCGGCGGUCAGCUCUCCGCCGACCGAGGACUUUGUGCCGCUGACGGGCUACGCCAAGACCAUGCGGAAGACGAUGGAGGCGUCCAACAAGAUACCGACUUUGGUGAUCACGGACGAGGUGAACCUGACCCGGUUGAUCGAACUGAAGGCGCAGCUGGCGCCGCACGUCAAGCUGACGCUGCUGCCGUUCCUGGUGAAGGCCACGUCGCUGGCGCUGGCCCGGCACCCGCGCAUCAACAGCACCGCCAGCCCCGAUUUCACGGCGUACAGGCCCAACAGGUCGCACAACAUCGGCGUGGCCAUCGACACGCCGCUGGGACUGGCCGUGCCCAACGUCAAAGACGUGCAGACGCUCAGCGUGGUCGGCGUGGCGCGCCGGCUGGCCGAACUCCGCGCAAAGGCCGCAAAGGGCAAGCUGGCGCCGUCCGACGUGACGGGCGGCACGUUCACGCUGUCCAACAUGGGCACGAUCGCGGGCUCGGCGUUCCAACCGAUGAUCCUGCCGCCCGAGGUGGCCAUCGGCGCGCUGGGCCGGAUCAACUACCGGCCGCGGUACGACGACCAGGAGCGUCUGGUCCGGACGCCCGUCAUGGGCGUGUCCUGGGCGGCGGACCAUCGGAUCCUGGACGGGGCCGCGGUGGCCAGGUUCUACAAGGACUGGAAGACGUACGUGGAGAAUCCGUCACUAGUGUUGGCUGACGUUCAGCUGGACGAGUCCGACACGUGACCGCUGCUGUCGUGAUAAUCAUCGUCUCGACUCCAGUUAUAAUAUACGCUUUUACAAGUAUAAUAGCAGAAUAUAUUUUUUCGGGGACUCUGCGGUAUUUCAAUGUAAAAACAACAAAUUUUGAAAGAGAGUAUUGAAUGAAAUUACUGCAGAUAAGAUUAUGCCACAUAAUAUAAGAAAUGAUAUUUAA